AUGACAGUCAGCAACUCAGAAGAGCCACAGGAAGUCCUUUUUAAGAAGAACCUUGAUCAUUUCUAUCUUAUCGUGAAGGAUCAAAUCCUCAAAUUUCAGUACCCAAUCAGCGGUCUCUUCCCAUUAAACCCGAAAGACCCUCAGUGCAAAUUCAGUCAUGUUCGGGAUUCGGUCUACUGUGCCACUGUCUUGUGGGCUCUUCAUCGAGCUUUCGUGCGUGUGGAUGAUGAUGCCGGUAGACAUUACGAACUUGGUCAGUGCGCUGUAAAAUGUAUGCGAGGUAUCCUGAUUGGAUGGAUGCAACAGUCUUCCCGACCACAGCAGUUCAAGAAAACGCAGAGUUCGGAAACUUGUCUUAGUUCCCGAUUGAACUAUGAAACAGGGGAGCCAAUCGUUGAUCCGGAAUAUAAAAACCUGCAAAUGGAUUGCGGGAGUUUGUAUUUCAUUCAACUGGCACAAAUGACUGCCUCUGGUUUGCAAGUUGUAUACACCAGAGAUGAAGUUGCUUUCAUGCAAAAUCUCGUCUUCUAUCUGGAGCGUGCCCAUCGGAUCCCAGACUACGAUAUGUGGGAACGCGGAACCAAACAGAACCGAAACAUGGUAGAGUUAAAUGUCAGUUCAAUCGGGAUGGCCAAGGCUGCGUUGGAGUCCGUUUCCGGUCUCAAUGUCUACGGCGCCGAAGGUAGUCAUUCAUCCACACUUUUGAUGGACAUUGAUGCAGCAGACAGAAACCGGAUAAUCAUGACAAACCUGCUACCUAGAGAACCAGCAUCAAAAGGUAGUGAUGUAUCUCUGCUGCCAGCGCUCUGCUGGCCUGCCUACGGGGCCUCAAAAACCGAGCCUUCUGGGCCUGCACUAGAGCGUUGCCUUCUCCGUCUGAAAGAUCAGUACGGCUUUCGUCGAUUCAACAGAGAUGGAUAUGUAACGGUGCUUGACCAGAACACUCACUAUCAACCCGGAGAACUAAUGAAGUUCACCGGAAUCGAGAGUGAAUGGCCAAUGUUCUUCGCGUACAUGCCGAUUGAACACUGCAUGAACGGUGAAUUGGAAAAGGCAAUGGAAUACGAUCGUGUGAUCCAGCCACUUUUGGUUCAUCCAGUGCCUGAAAGAUUUCCAUGGCUUCCGAAAUUUUUGUACGUACCUUUGGAUGACCUGGAGAGGGAGCGGAAAUCCCGAGGCUCGGUCGUACGCAAAAGCAGUUUCCACGUUCCCGGAGAGUCUUUUUUCUUGUGGAGUCAGUCGGUCUACAUCAUAUCCCAGCUCCUAAUUCACGGCUGUUUAACUCCAAGCGACUUGGAUCCACUAGGACGGUGCCCAGCCUGGAGCAGUAAGCUUGGUGCUCUACCUCAUUCGUCUCCUAUCUUCGUGGACAAACUUUUGAACCUGACGAUUCCCCAGAGUAGUGGACACGUGUCGACUUGCUUUUUAAAAGUACAGGCUGCUCUGGAGGCUUUACUUUAA